UAAUAAAUGGUCAUUUUAAUUUCAAUUAAAGUCUAGUAAUGGAAGACUGGAAAGCGAGAUGGAAAAUGAACACGUAAAUGAAUUUGGUCCAUGCGAAGAGCGUACGACGAAGAACUAGACGCGAUUGCUUCGAAUUUUCCUUUCACCUUCUCUCCGUUUCGAUUUCAUUGUUAUCUUCGAUUUUUAGUAUUAUUUUGGAGUUUUUUUUUGUUUUUCUUCUUUGCGGCAAUGUCUGAUGCACCGGCGUCGUCUUCGGGAACCGUUUUAGAAGGAAUUGAUGACGUGGAGGAUUACGUUUGGGCAAAUGAAGGAGUAGGAUCAUUGCCAUGGGACAGAUAUAGUCAUGUCUACGAUCUUAUGGAGAAUGGAAACCGAGCGUUCCGAGAGAACCAUUUUGAGGAGGCUAUCAACAAUUACUCAAGGGCCAAUAACAUGAAACCUGGUGACCCUGUUAUUCUUGGUAAUAGAAGUGCUGCGUACAUGAGGAUUAGUCAAUUUCUGAAAGGUAGAUCACCAACAGCUUCUGAAUAUAGACCAUUGAAUGGGUUGGAUAUGACAACACUUGCUGAACUUGCUCUUAAGGAUGCUGAGAGGUUAAUGAGCUUGCAAAAUAAUGAAGUAAGAUCCUAUAUCUUAAAGGCCAAUGCUCUAAUUCUGUUGGAAAGAUAUGAGGUGGCAAGGGAUGUUAUUCUUUCUGGUCUUCAAAUUGACCCUUUCAGUGCCGUUCUUCGGGCUGCUCUUCAGAGUUUGGAGAGGAGGCCUUCCAGCUUGGUGCGGACUAGAGGCCAUGAGGGGCCUGAACGUACUGAUGAUUUUGAUUGCACACUUUGUCUGAAGUUACUAUAUGAACCCAUAACAACACCUUGUGGGCAUUCUUUUUGUCGCUCCUGUUUAUUUCAGACAAUGGAUCGCAGCAACAAAUGUCCAUUGUGCCGAACAGUGCUAUUUAUUAGUCCUAGAACAUGUGCAAUAAGUGUAACACUAAACAACAUCAUACAAAAGAACUUCCCUGAAGAAUAUGAUGAAAGAAGGUCAGAACAUGACAAUCUGAUCCAUCUUGGUAAUGAUAUGAUACCUCUUUUUGUCAUGGAUGUCGUCUUUCCCUGCCAGAAGCUUCCACUCCACAUAUUUGAACCCCGCUACAGACUUAUGGUGAGGAGAAUAAUGGAAGGGAAUCAUAGGAUGGGAAUGGUCAUCCGUGAUCCCGCUACAGAUUCCGUUGCUGAUUUUGCUUGUGAAGUGGAGAUCACCGAAUGUGAGCCACUUCCUGAUGGACGCUUUGUUCUAGAGAUUGAAAGUCGCCGGAGAUUUCGCAUCCUCAGAUCUUGGGACCAAGAUGGAUAUCGAAUGGCAGAGGUCGAGUGGGUAAAAGAUGUAACCCCAAGAGAUGCUAGAGAAAGAGAAGAUUUGCAGGAGUUAACAGAUAAUGCAGCAGCAUAUGCUUGGUCAUGGCUAAGUACGGCAAAAGAAGCAACACGAGAUCGAAGAAGGCUUGAGGUGCUCUAUAACGUUGAAGCAAUGAUGCCUAAUACACGAGACCCCGAGCGCUUCAGUUUCUGGCUUGCUACUCUGUCGAAUCGAAGGCCUUCGGAAAAAUUAGAACUGCUACGAAUCCGAGACACAGGAGAGAGGAUACGAAGGGGACUAAUAUACCUGAGAACAGAAGCACAAGGUCAUCGGUAACGUACAAUGAUAUUUAUGAUAAUACGGGAUGCAAUUUAUCAUUGAUAUGUAUAUAUUUUUAACAAAUAUAAUAUAUUAAUUCGACCUUAAUUUAUAUAUAUUUUUUUGAUUCAAUAUUCUUUGGGCCACGCUACAGUAGUCUGUGGGUCCCUAUGUUUGUUGUAAAGUCAUUACUUUGAUUCUUAA